AUGGCUACUUGGAAUCAUAAAAAAACCAAGCUUGGAUACUUCUUAUUCGUGUUUGUAGCUGUCUGUCACAUGUUUAUCUAUGUUCAUGUGGAUGGAAGGUCGAUCUCAUCAUCUGAUAAAACCAUUAAGUUGGCUAAGCAUAAAGGAACAAUAAAAACGAUACAGAGCGAAGAUGGUGAUGUAAUUGACUGUGUUGACAUCUACAAACAACCUGCUUUUGAUCAUCCUCUCCUCAAGAAUCACACCAUACAGAUGAAACCAAAUUCAUAUAUUGGAGGAAUAGAAGCAGAAAAUUUCGAACCAAAGCUCAUUCGCGAUUGGUAUAAGAAUGAACAGUGCCCUGAAGGAACAAUUCCCAUUGUUAGAGCACAAAUACCCAAACCUCCUCGGACUCUGGCAUUUGUUCCUCCCAAGAAAGACCUUGACAAGGUUCAAAUUAAGGCUAAUCCUGCAAACAACCAUGAGACUAAGUCAGACCAGAAACAGACAAGAUUAUUCAUUUACUGGACUAGCGAUGGCUAUCAAAAGACAGGUUGCUAUAAUCUUGAAUGUCCUGGAUUUGUGCAAACAAACAACAAGGUGGUCCUUGGUUCACUUUUAGAACCUGUUUCCACCUAUGGAGGCAGUCAAUUUGAUAUAAACAUAUUUAUACACAAGGACAGGCAAAGUGGAAACUGGUGGUUGAGGAUACAGCAAAUAGAUGUAGGAUACUGGCCAGGCUCGAUCUUCACAACACUAUCUGACAGGGCUGAUAGAUUAAGUUGGGGUGGAGAGAUUGUUAAUUUACAAUCACAAGGCCAUCACACCUCUACUCAAAUGGGAAGUGGCCAUUUUCCCAGUGAAGGCUUUACCAAAGCUAGUUUGAUACGAAAUCUUAGGUACAUGGAUGAGUCUGGAUCAAUAAAAGAUGCUGAAAAUGUCGAGCCAUAUGUGACAAGGCCUGAAUGCUAUUAUUUACAGAUGGGAGGCAUGAAAAAUUUUGGAACCCAUUUCUUUUUUGGUGGCCCUGGAUAUUCUGAUAAAUGCAAGUAGAGCCAAGCAAUAAAAUUGAUAUUUAAUUGCAACAUGUAUGCCUAAAGUAUGGUGAUUUAUGACAGAAGGAUAUUUUCCUAAGAGCCAAACAAAGAAUGUAAUAGUUUUAAUUAAUAAAUAUAAGUCGGAUGGAUGUUACUUGGGAGUGAAAAUGCAGGUGGCAGCCAAGAUAAGUAUGCCCCCGAGUCUCAAAUUCAAGAAUUUGCAUCUCAGACACUUCAAGUUCUAACAUCUAAGCAUUCUUUUUAACAACCCUAGGUCCCUAACCUCAUAAAUCCAGGUGGUUGGCUUUUAUAAUUGCAAGUUCAAAUGUUCUUAGCCAAUGAUUAAACACUUGGUCUGAGUAAGAAUUGUAUUCUUCAGAUUGGCAUUUUCUUCUUAGCAGUUUCAGCUUAACAAUUCCAAAUUGAAUAAUCGACAUCAAUGUGAACUCCAUGAAAGCAACUUCUAAGACUUCAGCAGAGACCUCAAAGCACCGAGUAAAAACUUGCUAAAGUAGGAAACACAAAAAAUUGCUAGAACCAGAAAGCACAUGUCAUAUGGGACUUCUCUGUUGCUUCACUUUCUUCCUGAAUUGUAUUUAAAAUAGACUUGAAUGCUUGGUAAUUAAAGGCUUAUGGUGGAGUACAUGCUAGAUUAUUAAU